GCAAAACAAAACUCGUGCUGAGCAACCACACAAGACACAAGACUAGAGUGCGUGACUCCGCGGUUAAGGCAGCAAGCAGCCAGCAGCCAUGGCAGCCGCAAACGCCGAGAACACGUCGUCGCUGCUCCGGCUCGACGGCCGCGUCGCGCUCAUCACCGGCGGCUCCCGCGGCAUCGGCCGCGAGGUGUCCUCCCACCUCGCCGCCCUCGGCGCGCGCGUCGUGGUGAACUACGCGUCCAAUUCCGCCAGGGCAGACGAGCUCGUCGCGGAGCUCGCCUCCCGCGGCCACCAGGCCGUGGCCGUCCGCGCGGACGUGUCAGACCCGGACGCCGUGCGCGCGCUCUUCGACCGCGCCGAGGAGGCGUUCGGGUCCCCGCCGCACAUCGUCGUCUGCUGUGCAGGCGUCCUCAGCGACAAGUACCCGGCGCUCGCGGACACCGCCGUCGAGGACUUCGACGCCAUGUUCGCGGUGAACGUGCGCGGGACGUUCCUCGUGUGCCGUGAGGCGGCGAACCGAGUCCCAGCCAACAGCGGCGGCCGCAUCGUGACGUUCUCGUCGUCCAUCGUCGGCACGCUCCUGCCGGGAUACGCGGCGUACACGGCGACCAACGCCGCCGUGGAGGCGAUGACGAAGAUCCUAGCCAAGGAGGUGGCGGCGAAGGGAGUGACUGCGAACGUGGUCGCGCCGGGGCCCGUGCGCACCGAGCUUUUCUUGGCCGGGAAGGACGAAGCGUUCCUGCGGAAGGUGGAGCAGCAGUCCAUGGGGCGCAUCGCCGAGACGACGGACGUGGCGCCGGUGGUGGCGUUCCUGGCCAGCGACGCCGCGGUAUGGGUGAACGGGCAGGUCAUCAGGGUCAAUGGUGGUUUCGUCUAAUAAGGGUCUAAGCGCGACAGCCAACAGGUGUUCAAAUAUAGUGGCAUCUACCCCCCCCCCCCCCCCCCCCCACACACACACACACACGUACACAAGUUGAAGAAAUGCGUGUACCGUACGAGAGCGUUUUUUUUGUUGAAUAAAAGUACGGUAGUAUAGGAGUGUACUUAGUGGGGAUCAUGCAGUAUAACUCAACUUACAUAAGGCGUUGUCUAGUUGGAUAGGUCUACUGCUAUGUUCUUGUUACAGUAGAUUGGAACAGUAAAAAUAAAAGUGUGUCCUUUAUUAAUGAACAGUAAAAGUAUAUAUACACAUUCUCAA